UUAGCGCAUGCGUAUCAUGUACCACGUGUUGAAACAUGGCGGGGUAUCCCCUGGAUUUCUCGCAGAAUGGCGAAAUUCUGGUGUAUUCUAGCCCAGACGGAGUUCUUAAGCUUUGGGAUUCAUCAACUGGACAACUAAAUAAAGAGUACACACCAAGCUCUCACCUGUCAGCAACAUGCAGUUGUCUGUCAUGGGGCCCAGGACGGCACUUGUCGGGUACCCCAAAGAGAAAAAGAAGAAAGAAAUCAAGUGGAGGAAUGGAAGAAAUUGGGGAUCUUGACCUCAUCGCAAUUGGUACGACCAAUGGAAACAUUCUGUUGUACAGUGUUGCCAAAGGAGACAUCCAUACUCAGUUUGAGGAGGGUCACACAGACACAGUCAACGGUACGUGUUGGCACCCCGAAGCACCAACCUUGUACAGCUGCUCCAGUGAUCACAAUGUCAUAGAGUGGGAUGUUGUCACAGGCAAAGUCAAACAGAAGUGGAAGGCCGACAAGGGCAGUGUAUAUUCUGUGUGCAUGUGUUCACACAGUCACCUUCUCACAGCUGGCAGGUCAAUCAAGUUGUGGGAAAUUCAUACACGGCAGGUUUUAAAGAGUUUCACUGGCCAUGCAACAGAAGUAUUCAGACUGAUUUCUGUUCCGUUAAUUGGGGAAACUCCUCCGAAUCCAAACUCAGCUGAACAUUCAUACUUCCUGUCUGCUGCCCGGAGCGACCGAGUCAUUAAUGCAUGGCAGAUUGACACAUCCUCCAAGGACAAAAAUGCCCUAGCUUCUUUCUCUCUACCUGAUGAACCUGUCUAUGUAAAUAUUUCCAAGUCAUCAAAAGAUCAGUCCAUCUUGUUAGCGGUUGUUACAAAAAGUGGUCAAGUGCUAGUGUUUGAACACACGUUAAAUGGGAGGUUAAAAAAGCCACUUCGUCCAAAGGUUAAGAUACAGGUGGUGACGGCUGGCGGCGGUGUUAAGGAGGACACACCCCGACCAAUCCCGGUGCUCGCGGCUCACAUACAGGGAGGAAAGGAGAAGAGUUUAUUGCUAGCUCAUGGCAGCUACCUCAAACCUACUUUCGAGAAAGUGGCGUAUGACCCCUCCCAGCCUGAAGUGUGUCUUAUCCGAGAAGACCCACUGAGGACUGCCUUUAAGAAAGAUGGAGGCGUCUCAAAGAUCCGGACACCAAGCAUCUCUAAGGAAGCCACAGUGUUGGUGCCAGCCAACAUGGUGCCCAAAGACCCCAGUUUGUCUGCAGACAAAAGGCGGAAAAGACAAAACUCUGUUGGAGAGCUGACGAUGGAAGAACGUCUUCACGCCAUCAGCCUGGACAAGAGUGACACCAGGGGAGGGGCUACUGCACCUCCUACUGCUGAGAGCGUCGUCCAUCUCCUCACCCAGGCACUGCAGAGUAAAGACAAGAAACUGCUUAGUACUGUGCUACACCGAAGCAGUGAGAAAGUGAUACAGAAGACAAUACGGAAACUCCCCAUAGUGUGUGUGCUUCCCCUCGUACACGAGUUGUCCAAGAGAAUGGAGGGACACCCACAAAGUGCCAGUAAAAGUGUGAAGUGGCUGAAGACGGUGAUGGCUGUGCAUACAUCCUAUCUGAUGACAUUCCCUGAAAUUGUUGACAAGCUGAGCUCACUAUAUCAGAUGAUGGAUGCUCGUGUCUCCAUGUUCACCAAGUUGUCACGGUUACAGGGCAAACUUGACCUUGUCCUCACACAGAUCACAUCACAUGACCAGGAAGAUGAGGAGGAUGCUGGGAAAUCUCAGCAGCCAUUGUUGUUAUAUCAGGAUGAGUCCUCCGAUGAAGACUUCCCAAUGGAGGACAUCCUUCCGAGUGGAUCUGGGGAGGACUGGGACGAUCUGUCGGAGAUGAGCUCCGAUGAAGUGGAGGCCAAUGGAAAGAAAGAAGACGAGGGUGUAGAGUCGGAGGAGGAAGAUGACGAUGAUUCAGGGGAAGAAGAGGAGGAGGAGGAAGAUAUGGGAUAACAAGGAAUGAGAAUGCUGAAGGACUUAUACAAUCAGUGCAGUUUACAACUUAAACUGUAGCCUCUCUGAGAGUAUUAAGAAGUGCCGUGGGAGGAAGAAACAUACAAUGAAUUGCAAGAUGGAUGGUCUGUGUGGUGGCUGUGUGGGAAAGAUCAGAAGUGGAAGAGACAAACAUGGGCCAGCAAAUACCACAGACAGAACCCCCUCCACAUGACAAUCUUAGCUCUGUAUCGAUCUUGCAUCACACCAUGAUAUCCUCCCACAUCUGACUUAUAUGAAAUACUGUUCAAAGUGCGUUAGACCAAACUCACUCACUCACUCCCUGCAUGUACUACAUGUAUCAGUUUUAUGGCGGGUUUACCCUUGCCCUCUUCCAGAUUGGUGUCUUGGCAAGAUAGCAGCCCACAUAAUCAGGCAUGCAGAAGGAUGCUAAGCGUCACAGGUGGCCUUAGACUCAUAAUAAACCUUGCCCAUGGCUCGAAUACUGUCUUCGUUUCUUGACAUUUGGCUGAACUUUUGGUCAAAAGUGAAAGCUACCAAACUUUCAUGCAGGGAAGUACACUGACCACACAAUACACUGACCACAUGCAUUGACCACACAAUACACACAGAGUAUGCACACAUCAGUAACUUUGAUAACCAGCCCUUUAUGGAAGAGACAUAAGGUGCUGGGGAUAUUUGUUAACGUGAAUGAUACUUGUUAUUGCAAGGUUGUUGUCUGUAUGGUGAACUCUGUGCAUGCAUAUCAACAUUGAAACCUAGGAAUUCUCUACUUUACUAAGGAUAUCAAAAUAAACUCCUUCUCUAUAAAACAGUAUCUGCAGGAGAAAUGGCUCAAUGUUUACCUAGUGUGUACAAAUAUGUAUAUAUGUGCAUAGAAACUACAUGAAAUGUCCUCAGUAAGAUCAGAUUAUGUAUAUCCUUGCAAAGACUGGAUUAUUUACUUAAUGAUGCAAUAUUAGAAGUUUCUUAACUUAACUAAUGAUCACCAUUAGUUAUGUUUGAUUCUGCUUAUUUUGUAACAAUGUGCAAUUGACAAUUGUUUAACAUGUUUAUAAUCAUAAUCAACUUGGUCAACCUGUACUUGUUGAUCCUAAUCUGGAGAUUUUGACAAUAGUUACUAGGCAAUUAUAUGCCCCGUCCACACCGUUAAAAGUCUCGAAUAUACACAAGAAAAUAUGGAGUCAUGUAAAUUUUCGGGGCUUAGUACUGGGCUCUCAUAAGGAUUACGUCCCUUGGGCGCGCCAGAAACCUAUGAUUGUGGGUUUGAAUCCCGGUUCGCCACGAUUAUGUUUUUAGGUUUGUCAGCACCAUACCCAUGCUCGUGGGUUUCACCAAAGUGGUAAACAUCUGAGACCUGCAUCACUUUGGGUUUUCCUCCCACAUUAAGCUGACAUGCCGUGAUAUAACUGGAAUACUGUUAAAAGUGGCAUUAAACCCAACUCACUCACUCAUUCAUAAGGAUUACUUUCAGGUUGUUCAGGGGAGGGAGCUUGAUACUGCCAAUAUGGUAGUGAAGGUUGUGCUAUCUGAGACCAUGUACUCCAUUGUCUUGAUGUUGUCAUGGGCAUUGUUACUUUGUCGUCCUGGUAGAAUCUUCUUUGGCAUCACUGUUAAUGGAUAUCAUGUUUUCAAUGAUCCAAAGGGCUUUGUUUGAUUGUCCAUCAAAUAACUUGGAUUUUAUUAAGUUGUUCUGUAGGAUAUUGCAGCAACAAAAAAUGGCCCUCCCCACAUAUUAUUUGGUGGGUUCCUUUUAAUUCGAAGCUUUCUGCAGCAAGUGGUAGAUGGUUGGUCAUCAGAUAUUUUACAUGACACAAAUGAGUAUUAAGCUCAGUUUGUAUGGUCUUGGAAUCUCAUUUGAUGAGCAAAUGUCUGCAUACUUCUGUCUUUGAUCAAUUGAAACUGUGUGGACCUAUUGGCCUCCCUGCUACAGCAGAUCCAAGUAACAACACAAGAUGAUCAGGUGGCCCUGGUGUCAUACAUAAUCUGAGGACUCGUGCUAUAGAUAUGAGUUGGUAUAUUUGGUUCGUAAUUACAUGUCCGAUAAUUAUGUCUUGAACUGUACUUGCUAGCUUUAAUUUAGAUUUCAACUCUUGUCUUUCAUUCCUUUAUCAAAUUACAGUCAAAGCAAAGUCCAUGAUUAUCACCAUGAUUAUGAUGUAUGAUAUGAACAUGAAUACGAUGUAGUUUCAUUCUGAAGCCAGCUGCUACACCAUGCACUGUGUGACAGGGCAUGGCUGUACUCUAAGACAAUAAACCAUACAAA